AAUUAAAAAAUGUGAUUCAACAAAUAGUUAUAAAGGUUCCAUGCCUGUGAUCUAAUACCCUGGUUAUUGCAAAUUUGUGAUCUUUUAUCUGGUGUUCUCAUAUCGCGAUCUUUUAUCUGUUGUUCUCAUAUUUGUGGUUUAAUAUUUGGUGGUUCCACAUCUGUGAUCUAAUAAUGAAAUGUUCAUAAGAUGGUUCAUAAGAUGGAUGUCAUAUUCCAUUGUGGUUUCUCUAAUAGCGCUUCAAACAAGCGCAAAGAACAUGAGGACAAGCGCAAAAAAAGAGAAAUUUUUCACCGAGAAAUAUGCUGUGGAGUAAAUCUAGCAGAAUUGACUUCAAGCGAAAUUGUUCUCUUCAAAGAUCAGCAUUAGUUAGUAAUAUUUUAUCGCAGACUUUAUAUCCUAUUUACGAAAAAUAUCAACUUAAGAUACCCCGUCGAUGCAUUUUUUUGCAAGAGCGUAAUAUUUAUCGUGGAGUAGAAAUGGGUAAAACUGAGUUGUCAGGUGGACAUAUAAAGUGUGAGUUUUGUGGAAAGUUGUUUGAAAAUGAAAAUUAUUUUUACAAACAUAUGGACAGGAAACAUGAAAAUGUGUAUGUAUUUAAUAAAGAUUUUGUGUGCUUAUCUGACUACUGUGAUAUUUUUCGUUGUGAUCUUCAUGAGAUGUAUCCUGUAAAUCCUUUAGAUUUUGAUGUGUGCAAUAAAAAAGAUGUUCGCAAACUGCAGCGAAAGUGUGAGAAAAUAAUUUACACAUGUCUUCCAACAGAGAUGCAGCAUUAUGUUUAUGAUUCACUAACAAAGUCUCUUUGUGCUCCACUAAAUUGCAACAAUUUCUAUGCUGAUUUUGAAGAUGUAUCGAUUUGGUAUAUUGCAUUUAUGUUAAUGCUUGUUCCUGCAACAUUUAUUUUGUUUUUAUUUGUACUAUGGUGUUGCAAUGAACUCAGCAAUGAUGAUUCUGAAGGCAAUAUGUUAUAUGAUAAGUACGAAAAAGAAAAGUUUGAAACCACGAUCUUGAAGGGAAGAACAGACUAUUAUAUAUCGCACAAUCAAGUUAGAAGGAGAUAAAAGUUUGCAAUUGAAUUUAUAUUUGUGUACAUAUAUAAAUAUAAAAAUAUAAAUUUUUUACUUAUUUACUGUCUAACAUUCAUGAAUCAACAAUUUAAACGUAA